CACCACCCGCCACCACUGCCUUCCUCGGGUUGCAAACGUCAUUUGCGCAAGGGUCCAAGGGGCAGGUUGCAGGUGCUGACUUGGCACUGCCUCCAAAGGAAAGCCCAUCGAUGCCUCGUGAUAUUACAAUGGCUUUCCCCUCUCACCACCAACACCAUGGCCACCAACGGGACCCAGCAUCAGCAGUACCAGCCACAAGCUUUCGCCCCACCUCCACAAGCCUACUCCGCAUCCCCACCGAUCAACCAACUUCAGCCCUACCAGCCAGCCGGCGACCCCACUCUCUACAGCGCUCCGCCGAACCACCGUUGUGAGUCCUACAAUUCUCAGCGCUCACAUCAUUCCCACCGCUCGCAUCAUAGUAAUCAUGGAGAGCCACGGCACAACCAUCGCAACUGCAAGAAGGGAAAGGAAAAAAGACCUACCUUUGGAGACACUCUCUAUGUUAUCUGGGGCGCUCUUUGGGGUGCGUUCGACAAACGUCAUUGAUUAACGGGAUUGCACGAUUCUUCAACCUUUUGCCGUCCAGACAACAGCAACCUUCGACCUAGGAAUUUAAUCAUGUCGUUCCCUUAGAAGGCAUCUUUUUGAGCAACCACGGCUCUGGUUGGGACUCGGCUAUGGCGCUAUACGCUGCGGUCGAGAUAUGAAAAUGGGUGUUUGGCGCUAGUUGUAUUCUGAACG